GUAAUCUACAAACGCCUCCUUUGCCGGCGUUUCGAUAGUUAGUGUGCAGAGGAAAUGGUAUUGAUGUUCUGUGAAAUUAAUGUUUAAAAUCAGUGAAAAUGAUUCAAGGUGACUGUGUUCUUGACUUGAGCCAAGAAUUGCUCUUCGCUUUGUCGGACUCACCUGCGAAAGAUGGAAUGGAAUAUUUGCUAACUAAAGAAGAGGAAAUUAUUGACAACUUCAAUAAUGAUUUUGAUAUGCUAUUACCUGAUGAUAACUUCGAAACAAAGUCUGUUUUGGAUUCAUCAUUUCUCGACUCAUUGAUACAUGAUGGUAUUUCUCAGUGGCCUGAAGUCUUUCCUCAACUUUCGGAUCUUCAUUCAAUAGAUGAUGAUACUGAGAUUAAAUCUGAGGUGUUUUCACCUGCUGAUUCACCUAGCAGCAUAAAUUAUUGUGAUACAAGCAGUAGUUCAUCUGAUGAGAAGUUUACUCUUGAAACUCCACCUGUUUCUCCUCCAAGAGAAGAAUUUUCUCCAUGUACACCAUUGCAAUUCACUCCUCGAGAGCCAACUCAGAAGAAAUCCACUGUCUUGAAGAUUAAUCCAAAUAAUAUUAAGAUCAUUAGAAAUGUUAAAGGUUUAAAACCGGUAGGUAAACAGACUCAAAUAGUUCUUCCAAAAGAUGUCCUUCAAAAAGUUAUGAAAUGUAAAACAGAAAAGGAAAUUUCUAAACCUCCUGUUUCUUCGGUUAAGUCACACUUAUCCAUCGGUGUUCCUGUUAUUCUUCCUUCAAAUCAUAUCCAGACUCCAGCAAUAUCAAUUUGUCCAGCUGAUUCGACGAAUAUAAAAAUUGACUCUAUUAGUCCACCAAUUGCGCCAGCACCAUUUCUUAAAAGAGAGAGUGUAGAUUAUUCAUUAAAGAAUGAUAUUAAUCUGAAGGCAUUGAAAAGGCAGCAAAGGAUGAUAAAGAACAGAGAAUCAGCCUGCCUUUCAAGAAAAAAAAAGAAGGAAUACGUUACUGCUUUAGAAAGUAAGGUGUCUGAUCUAGAAACUGAAAAUUCACACCUAAAAGUUGAAAAUGAAAGGCUUAAAAUAAAAAUCAAAGAGUUAGAAACAGGAUACAAAGGGUUUGGAAAACCGGGUACUUUUCUCAACAGUAAUUUGAGAAAGACUACUGCUGUACUGGCUGUACUAUUUAUGGUUUCAAUCAACAUAGGAUCUAUUGGCUUAUUAUCAAGAGAAAGUAUUAGUAAUGAACUGAACGGUGGUAAUUUAAUCUCACCAGAAUCUGGUACCAAGAAGCACGGGCGCGCACUCUUGUGGGCUCAACCUGAAUUGCAAGAAUCCGCAGAAAAUAUUACUAGUAGCGAUAGUCGUUCAACUUGUCCACUUCACAUCAAUCAAACUGAGUCCUUAAGGCUGGAAAAGGAAUUGAGGAGAUGGAUAGAAAUAGGUGAAAACAAUUAUAAAAAUGAAACUAAGAUAUUAAAUAAUAAUAUUAAGCCUCCUCCAAUGAAGUUAUCUCCUCACUUGAAAGCAAACAAUAAGGUUAAAUCUUACAAAAAAGCUCAGAGGUGGCAGAAGGGAGGAACGAGUGCUGUAGGUGUCUAUAGGCCUAAAUUUCCUGGUUCCCUACCCAGGAGAGACGAUACUUUCUACGUUUUUUCCUUUUCCUCGGACCAUCUGUUAGUGCCUGCAUUGGCUCAUGACAUCACUCUAAGGCCGAAGAUGUCUUUCUUAAUACCUACUGUUCCUUUCAAUGGUUUGAAAUUAUAUUAUUUAAAUUAAUGUGUAAAUAUUUUUUAAAUGAUUUCGUUAGUUUACUUUUUCAAAUGAGAUUCAUUUCUUUGUUAAAAUUAAUUUGAUAAUAUAUUUAUUAAUUAUUUUUAUUGAGUCAGUUUGUGUUUUAAACAGUUUUAUUAUAAAGGAAUGGUUUUAAUCCAUGUUAUUAUUAAAUGGUCCUUAUUCAGUUGACUGUUGAAUAUAAUAUAGUCUGUCUGAAAGAUCUUGUUUCUAAUUACUUGUUUCCUUUUAAAGUAUCGAUUAGAAUUUCUCAUUCUAAAACUGAUUCUGUUGUUCUUGUACACUGAUGAUCUCUCAACAACAUUUGUCAAAGACAUUUUCUUUUUUCUUGAAGACACCAUUAACUUGUUUAUAAUUUUUAAAGCUCUAGUGGCAUUGGAUUUAAGUAAAGUAAUAUUACUAUGUUUUUAUUAAAUGCCAAAGCAUUCUGGAACUGCAAAAGUUUUUUUUCAAUGAUAUACUUUGCUUGAGGAAAAAUUUAUUUCCUGUGGAAACAAAGUACUAUUGAAAAACAUAUUGUAAAAUUGAAGCAGCUUUAGGUGUCUAACAAAAUGAUAUUUAUCAAAGUUAUAAAUAAUGUGUUUUAAAUUUUUGUAAUGUAAUUGUUUUUAAAAAUAUUUGGUGUGUACUGUAUCUUUGAAUUAAGAUUUUUAUUUAUUUAGUUCACACUUUAAUUGUCUUUCAAAUGAGUUUACGGAUUAUUCCAGGUAUAAACAGAUUUUAAGUUAUUUGAAAAACUAAUAAGAAUUUAAUGGAUUUCUCUUUCUUAAAAACGGGUUCAAAGUUAUUAUCUCUUUUAUAUAUUGUAUAUUGUGUCUUUGGUACUACAUGUACAAUAUACAAUUUUUUGUUUGUUCUGUUUGGAUUUUAACUAGCAUUUAAGCAAUUUUUUUUUUUUUUUUUUUUCCUUUUUCUCGCCUCUACCCUAAAGGGUACAUUUUUAAGCAAUUAAAAAUGGAAUUUACCACAAAAUGUAUCCUUCUUGAGAUAUACGCAAAUAUUUUGUUUUCUUCAGAACAUUUUUUUGUUUUUUUUCUUGGGGAUGUACCGUGAAUGCAAUAUGUAUUGUUUUCCUUGUUCUUAUUAUUUAUAUUGAUGCCAAGUUAUCCUUUAUACAAUACAGUAAUACCAUUUCAGAAUCAGUUGCUGCUAACGGAUCAGUCCCUAUGAUGCAAGUAGAUUGUGAGGUCCUCGCUACCAAAUCAAUCGAAAUUACUGAAGAGGAUUUCAGGACCUUUCGUCCAAAGCAAGAAGGAAAUAGUAAAAUAAAUGCAUCUUCUGACGUUUCAAUGAAAGAGUUGAACUACAGACCGUACUUCAUUGGAGAAGACAAGCAAACAGGAGGAAUCGAAGAUACUUUCGAUGGCUAUCUGAAAAGAGUCUAUCGCACUGGCAGUGGAAGGUUUCCUUAACGAAUAGGUUGAGUGCGUUGGUACAGUAAUUAUUACUAACAUUGAUCUCAUUUUAUACAUUGCUAAUGGUGACUGAAAUUUCUUCGUAAUGUAUUAUGAGUCGAAGGCAAGGCUGUAACAGGGUUUAUGUUAUGUAUAUUAUGAUAGCAGUCAUCCAUGUUUAAAGGAUUAAAGUUACGAUGUGUCUUUUGGUUGUAUGCGAUGCUAGUGAAAAUGACUCUUUUACUGUAUAUUUUGUUAGCUAAAGAACAUUACGCGUUCUUGUUAUAGGCUAAGUUCGCACAAUUAAUCUAACUCUUAUCUAUAAACUAAUGAGAUGUGUGAAAUGUUCUUUCAUAUUUUGAUAGAAUAUUUAUUUUCAUUGUUAGUUUUAAAAUGUAGUGGUACUAUUAUGUACCAGUUUAUACAAGCGUUGCCAGAACUGAUACAUUUUAGGAAAACUGCGAGAUAAUGAAACAUUAUUGAUAAAUCAAUAGUGCUGAUUCCUCACUCACCAAAAGAUGAGUUAAAAUUCUCAUUUAUUUCAAAAUAUUGAAACUCGUUGCGGUAUUCUUUAUGAAGCUCAUGAUCCUUUCAUACUUGAAUCUUGUACACGCUCUUGAAAGGACACAGUAGUCAGCAGAAUGCUGGCUGAGAGUUCACUGUAUAUAUAUACAUAUAUCGUAAUUAUAUUACCCAAUAAAGUAAAAUUUAUUGUAAAAAAUGGUUUUGUUAUAAAUAUUUUUAGCAUUAGUUUUAUACACUAUUACAAACUGAAAAAGAAAAAAAAAACGUUGGACUUUGGAACGUUGGCUAUCUAUAAUAAAAGAAAUCAUAUCAGAAUGGUCGCUAUCUGUCAUUUAGGAAUGAUUUCGUGCUUUUUUUUUUUUUUUUUUUUUUUUUUUUUUUUUUUUUUUUUUUUUUUUUUUUCUCCUUCCUCAGCUAUAUGUGGGUUUUCCCAGGCCUUAAAAACUCCUUCGUGCACCGGGACGCGAACUCAUGACUAUUUUUUUUAUCAGUCUUAUGUAUCAGAUUGCCGGGCAACGGAAUGAUUUCAUACCAAGCCUUCAAUUUUUUUUAUUUCAUUUUUAAUUUUGUUUUUCUCGACGUAUUUGGCUAGGACAUUUUGUCCUAAUAAAUGUUGUUUUCAAUUAAGCAAAUAAUUAGGAAAUUUAUUAGAUUGGAUUAAUUUAAAUAAGCAAUACAGAUUCGUGUAUGAAAGGUACACCAUGCAUAGGUGAGGAUGUCUAAAUACUUGUAUAGAUAUUUUGAAAGAAUAAAUUACCAAAUUUAUAAUUUUUAUUUAAAAAAUAUGAGAAAAAUAAUGAUGGCUAACUGCAAAGUAUUGUUUUAAAUCUAUAUCAAUAACAACUUUUUUCAAAGAAACAUAUUUGUUUUACCACAUAAUUACUUGAUUAGAUAGAUUAUAAAAAAAAAAAAACUCGUUUAACAAUAAUACUGUCGAAUGCGGUUACCAACUGCCAGGUAGUCACUGUUACAGGUUAGGAUUGACAGGGAAAGCGCUGCCUCUUGGGAACAGAAUUAGGAAUCCCUAUCUAUGAGUAAAGAGUUAUUUUACAGCAAGAGAAGAACUGAAAGUUUUUUUAAAAUCUUUUUUGGACAAUGUUUCAUAAAAUCCAUAAUUAAUACUGAAUAUAUGUAUACAGUUUUAAGUUGAUAUUCUUUUAUGAUAUGAAUAUUACCCUGUUGCUGAUAAGAAAAAAUUGUAGGAAUUCUUCCCAUCCCACUCAUAUAGAGUAAAAAAGAAGAAAAUAUUUUUUUUUUCGGUUGAUAUAUUUUGUACAGUAAUCUAAUCUUUCGCUUCAAAGGAUUGUUUAAUAAUGCUUAAUUACAGAAGAAUAAAUGCUAAUCACCAAAUAUUUCUUUAAGCCUUGUAUAGGAAAAUAGUUUAUUGUGUAAUUGUUACUUCAAUAACAUGGGCUAAUUUAAAGUAUAUACUUUUUUCUAAAUUAUUUGUAAUAUGUCAUCACUUAAGAUAUGACUCAGUUGUUAUGUUGUUGUAAUGGUGGAUUUUUUUAUGUUCUCUUGAUAAUCCCAUGCUGAUUCUAUGUGAAAAUAUGGAUCCAACAAUAUGCAGAACUCAAUUUCUAUAAAAAGUUGUCAUUCUUUAACAGUGGUGUAUUUAUAGACAUUCCAGUUUUGAUAUUCACAGUGACUAAUCAGUAUUAUUUGAUUUAGACUGAUCGUAUAUUUUAUAUGUUAAUUAUUCCCUAAUUUAAGAUGAGUGGAGAUCUACUUAUUUUAAAUGACUAACAGAUGCAACAAUCUGUCGUAGAGCUCGAGAUGGUUUGAACGACUAUUGUCAGUUUGCUAAGAGUUGUUUUACAACCUAUAGACCUGCUUAAAUUUUUUUUUUUUGUCUUGAAUUGUAUGACAGGUUGUAACUUGUGGAGUUUAACUAUAACUACUUAUACUAUCACGUGAACUAUUCUCCAGGAUUUUAUUUUUGUUGCAUUAUUAAUAUUUUAUUUUAUGGUUAUAUCUUGUUGGUGCAGAUAAAAUAAAAUUAAUCUACAUGUUCAAAAAAUAAUCUUUACAAAUUAUCAUAUACUGAUUGUGGUGCUUUUGUUUUACUGCACCAAAAAAAACUUAUUCUGGACAAACUUGGGGUACUUUUUGUAAAAGCUUGCUAGUUUGGUAAAGAAAUUAAAUAAGGAUAGAAAAUUUAAUGCAAUUUUAGGUUUGUGAUAUUGUAGCAUUUCUUAUGAUUUAUAUAUAUAUUUAUUUAUUUUUUCAUUAAAAUUAUUGAAAUUAUGAAAGCUGUAUUAAAUAAUAAACAGUGCUUGUCCAAUUUUAGGAAAAUUGCUAAUAUUAUGUCUAAUUUAAUGUUUGGACAAGCCUGAAAUGGUAUGUCAGAUAAAAAUCUAUGUUGAAAACUAUAUCUUUAAUUUGUGAUACUUUUUUUCUAUGUUAAAUCUCUCAUUCUUGCCGAUUUUAUGAAAUAAAUUUAGUUCUUUCUUAUUCACCUCAUGUGACACGAUUGAUUAAUAUUGCAUCUAUUGUAAUAAUUUUUUUAAUUUUGGUCAUAGAAAAAAUAAUAUUUAUAUGAUUAAUAUCAAGAACUUGAGUACUGUUGUUUGUUUAAAGUUUUAAAAAUAUUCGGCACUAUUUUAAGCAAAAGUACUUAAAUUAAUCCCAGUUAGGUAUCCAUUUGCUCACAAAAUUAUAUUUAUUUUAUAAGAGUAAUAUUAAACCUACAAGAAAGCAAUAUUUAUGUAAAUUCAGAAUUAAUCUAAUAAUUUAUUUGGCUACAGUGUGAGUUAAUGAUCUCAGGUGUUUGUUUUUAAAUAUUAAAAGAUAGUUGUACAUUUUAUAUAUAAAUAAACUUAUGUAGAAUAUAUGAUGCAAUUUUGGUAUAAUUUUUAACACACUUAUACCAAAUAUUUGAGGCAUUAUACGAUUUGUAUACAAUGUAGUGAGCCUAAAGUUUAAUGUGAUAUCUUCAUUAAUGUUUUAUGUUAAAUAAUAAUUAUACUUACGAUUUAUUUAUUAAGAAGUUAUAUAUUACUAAAGAUUUUAUAAGUAAUGUGUGGGUCAUAAAUUAUUUUAUAAGUUUAAGUUAAUCAUAAUUUAUUUACUAUAUAUUAUAUUAUUUCAGAAAGUAUUUAACUAUGUUUUUGAAUUAUUUGUUACUUUAUUUUGAUGUGCAAUAAAUGAAAUAUAUAAUGAAGCAUGUUUGUUUCUUAAGAAAC